UUAGUUGCUAUAGAAAGAUAUCGUAUCGCGAAGUCGACGAAGCACUGAUAUAAAACCGACAGAGAGACACACGACAACAGAAUACACAAAAUACUAACAGUUGUUCAAUAAUUUAACUUGCGUAUAGCUGUACGUUUUCUGUAUUAUAUUUCAAUAGUUUAUUGGACGUUGGUAGUUUUCUUUUCGUUCUUUUUUUUUUUUUCUUCUUAUUUUUGCCUAUUUCGUGUCUCUUUUCACCCCUUCAUCCUGGGCUAAUGCGUGGAAUUUCAGAAAGCUCCCCAAAUCGUACAAUGGCGGAGGACUUUGAUGUUGAGGCAUUGCUGGAGGCGCCCUAUAAAAAAGGGAUGGUAUGUAACAUGUACCCUCGCGCUCGUGCGAUGUUCCACAGCGAGUUCCUAGAAAAGACUUGAACACGAGAAGAAAAAGGAUGUGUGGUUGGCCAUUGGUAGUUUAAGACCAAGGCAUGCUCAACCCAAGAUUGCAAUGCUUUCCUAAAACCCAAUUGGAGCAGGACUCCUUAUCCCGAGACAAAUCCUCCAAAGAGAAUGGGUCCAGUCGGAAAUCUUCUGGAAAGAGCAAGCAUCGCUCGCGCACCCGUUCAAGAUCAAGAGAUCGGAAAGACAGGAGAGACCGAGAUCGUGGAGAGAGAGAUCGGGAUCGUGAGCGUGAACGCGGUGAGAGAGAGCGUGAUCGUGACCGAGGAGACAGAGACCGUGAUAGGGGAGACAGAGAACGGGAGCGGGACAAGGAUCGGGACAGAGAGCGAGAUAAGGAUCGUGACAAGGACCGUGAUAAGGAGCGGGAUCGUGACAGAAAACGAAGAACGCGCUCUCGAGAGCGGCGUGACCGAGACAAAGAUAAGGAACCCGAAAGAGAAAAGGAUCGAGGCCGCGACAGGGAUAGAAAAAAGAAGAGAUCGCUGACGCCUAUCUCGCUUCCUAGAGUUCGACCACCCUUUGGGAAGGCAGUUAGCCCGCUAGGACUGGUUGAUGAGCUCACUCCCGAAGAACGUGACGCUAGAACUGUAUUUUGCAUGCAACUGAGCCAGCGAAUUAGAGCACGUGACUUAGAAGAGUUCUUCUCUAGUGUUGGCAAAGUCCAGGAUGUCAGACUUAUCACUUGCAAUAAAACCAGGCGGUUCAAAGGAAUUGCUUAUGUCGAAUUUAAGGACCCAGAAAGCGUCACACUGGCAUUGGGUUUAUCGGGACAGAAAUUACUGGGUAUACCGAUAGUUGUCCAACAUACUCAAGCAGAGAAAAAUCGUAUGGGCAACUCGAUGCCAAAUCUUAUGCCAAAGGGACAGACUGGACCGAUGCGGCUUUACGUUGGGUCUCUGCAUUUCAAUAUAACUGAAGACAUGCUUCGAGGGAUUUUUGAACCGUUUGGUAAAAUUGAUAACAUCCAACUGAUCAUGGAUCCGGAAACUGGUCGCAGCAAAGGAUACGGAUUUUUAACGUUCCGAAAUGCUGAUGACGCGAAAAAAGCUUUGGAACAAUUGAACGGGUUUGAACUAGCCGGCAGGCCCAUGAAAGUCGGCAAUGUCACGGAACGCACAGAUUUACUCCAGGGUUCUUCUCUCUUAGACACUGAUGAAUUGGAUCGCAGCGGUAUAGACCUUGGUGCAACGGGCAGGUUACAGCUAAUGUGCAAAUUGGCUGAAGGAACUGGUCUCGAAAUUCCUCCAGCAGCAGCGAAUGCUUUGAACAUGGCACCGGUGAUUGCAGCCCCACAACCACCUCCGCAAGCGGCUCCACCUAUCGCCACUCAGUGUUUCAUGUUGUCGAACAUGUUUGAUCCGCAAAACGAGACGAAUCCAAAUUGGGCAAAGGAAAUCCGAGACGACGUUAUCGAAGAGUGUAACAAACACGGCGGUGUUUUACACGUCUACGUUGAUCAGGCCUCUCCUCAAGGUAACGUGUACGUGAAAUGUCCAUCAAUCGCGACAGCCGUCGCUGCUGUGAAUUCGUUGCACGGACGAUGGUUCGCGGGACGUGUUAUAACCGCAGCGUACGUGCCUCUCGUUAAUUACCACUCGUUAUUCCCCGACGCAAUGACAGCCUUACAGUUACUUGCACCGAGUGCUCCAAGGCGAGGAAUGUGAUCUCAAGCUUAGUAAGAAUAAACGGGUUAUUCAGAUAUUUUAAAUUCAAUAUCUAAUUUACUCUUAACGAUCACAAUUUUCAUUUCUACGUGUAUGAAUACCGUGGUAUUUCGUGUAUCAUCAAUCAUUCCGUGGUAUUAAUGGUAUGGAUGUGACUUAGUAGGAAAAAUUAUGUUCUGACUAUAUUCAGAAUCAAUGGGUCUCACUGUUGAAAUCAAGAGUUGGGAAAGGAAAAAAAAAAUGGUAACAAAAAAUAUCCAGCGGUGUUGUGACGAUGAUAGUGAAUACCAAUAAAACAAUAUCCCUAUGAUACGAUAGACAUGAAUCUAAGAAAAUUCGAACUUAACAUACCGAUAAUUAGAAUAACGAGUCUGAGCAAAUUUGAAUAUCGCGAGCUCAGAUAUUGACAACUUGAGACAAGCUUCUAUAAUUAGACCGCUCAAAAUGAUUAAUCUUUGACGUUUUGGAUCUGAUUUUAAUGUUUCUGCAAAUAUUCUCUUCACCAUACAGAUUCAAUCCAGAGAUCGCCCACAAAAAUCCUAGAAAUAUCUUCAUAGUGCAUAAAAAUAGAUUUUCUUCGACAUUCACAUUUGCGCGUUAUAACUAUGGUAUACUGUAAGAUUUCUUGAAUGUUUUCCUAAAUAAAACAAGCAAAAUGAGCUCAAAAACAUUAGAAUCUGAAAAAAAUGAGUUCAAUCAGUUUGAACGUUCUAAUUAUAAAAGCUUUUCUCUUAUUGCCAAUAUCUUGGUUUGUGUGAUUCGGAUUUGCGCAGCAUCAUUUCGAUCAUAUAGUAGGGCUGUUGUUUCGUUUGUCUUGACUAUCAUUGGCACAAGCAAUACUUCCAAAGAUUUUUCGAACAAUUUGUUAUCUUUAUCCAAUUUUUAAUUCAGAUGGCCCCUUCCUGCUUUAUUCUGACACUGACAUUGCAUUCGAUCUGGUCUGAAUAUUGUUUAUCUGUAGAAUUAUUGAUGCUAUACACACCAGUAGUUAUAAACAGUCGCUGAAAAAUAACAAAAAUGAUUUGUUACAUAAGUUAAAUUACUUGAAAUGAAUAAUAAAGACAAUUUAUAGUUUCGACGUUUGAUGAUAUACAAUAAACUGCAAGAACCCCACAUGGACGUUUUUGUUGGUAAGCUAUUGUAAUAUGAUUGUAGAUUUGUUAUAUUUUUACUGCAAUCAAAAUUGCAACUAACAAGUGAUAAUUAUUCACGAUACUUGAUGAUAUUAGAUUUCAAUGGUGUAACCUCGUUUUCUUUCAAUGUUAGAGCGGUAAAAAUAUUAUUGUUGAUUGUCAGCCAAUCCCAGAUACAAUGGUAAAUUAUCAUUUCAUUUAUUGUAGGAAUUUUCUCUUAUUAUUAUUUGAUUUGAACAAUCGCUAUUUAUAAAAUUGUAUAAAAAAUGUGCCUAGUUCAAAUUUAUAAUACGAAAAUCAUCACCUAAUCAUUACAUAUUUUGUAUUACUAUAUUUCGUUGGUAAAACACGUGAUUGAUUCUUUCUAUGUAAUUCAAUAUUGUACAAAUCUUGGGUUUUGCGGGUUCGAAUUCAAUGGAAAAACCUUCUAGAACAAUUCAUUUAGUUAUCUAGUGCUAAUUUACACUAAAUAAGAUUACAGCAAGGUAACUGAGAUCUAAUUUUACGUUUGACUGCGUUCCAAGAGAUUCUUUCAAUCUACAAUAAUACUUGUUUUCUAUUUGUACUUACUUUGAGGUUCAUUCUUGACGGGUUUCAGACUCUUGGUCCACUUGAACACAAAAUUAAAAAAUCAUAUUCGAUUCAAUUUCGGCUUAAAAAUCUUCGGCCUCAAAUCUGGAUCAAAUGCCCCAGAUUGCACAGUUGAUGACAUUGGACAAUUAUUCAAUUAGUUAUUGAGGAAGUGCGAUACCCGCAGACCCCUUUGAUUAACGUAUUGACAAGGUAUAGCUGUAUAUAAGUUUUGUAAAUUAACUUAAACUAGUAAUAGAUAUAACUUAACAAAUGUAACUUCGCAAGUAUGAUAAAUUAAAUUAAUGUAAAUUUAUGGCGUAUUCACCCUGGUCUGCAAUAAAAACGUUACAAACAA